AAUUCCAAUUCCCCCUCCAAUUUCUUCUCCUCUCUCUCUAACUUGUUGCUCUUGUCUCUUCUCAUUUCUCUCUCCUCUUCUAAGCUCAGCUCCAGCUCCAGCUUGGAUCUCACCGUCACCGCCACGCUUUCUCAAUGCUCCAACAUUUCUCCGUCACUCACCCGCGCGGGACCAUAUCACUCCCUCCCUAGCCCUUCCCCUUCCCCUUCGAUCUCGAUUCUCCCUUAGACUGUUGCCUCUCUCUGCGUCGGAACUCCACUUCUAGGGUUUUGCUCGACCCGCGGAAGCCGAAUACGCGCGCGCACCGCGUCGUUUCGUUGACGGCGCCGCAGGAUGACGGGCCACCGCUCCAAGUCCGAGAAGCACGACGGCGCCGCCCAGAAGCAGCUCCGGCGGGACCCCUAUGAGGUCCUCGGCGUCUCGCGCAACUCCACGGAUCAGGAAAUCAAAACCGCCUACCGCAAAAUGGCGCUCAAAUAUCAUCCGGACAAGAAUGCUAAUGAUCCUAAAGCAGCUGAUAUGUUUAAAGAGGUUACCUUUUCUUACAAUAUCCUGUCAGAUCCUGACAAGCGGCGUCAGUAUGACUCAGCUGGCUUUGAGGCUGUGGAAUCAGAUAACCAAGAGUUGGAGUUAGAUCUUUCAAGUUUGGGUGCUGUCAAUACAAUGUUUGCAGCACUUUUUAGUAAACUUGGUGUGCCAAUCAAGACAACUGUAUCUGCAACUGUUUUGGAAGAGGCACUCAAUGGUGCAGUGAACAUUCGUCCACUUCCAUUGGGACAUUAUAUAUCUAAAAGGGUUGAGAAGCAAUGUGCACACUUCUAUUCAGUUACAAUAACAGAGGCAGAAGCACGAGCUGGUUUUGUUUGUCGAGUACAGUCGUCAGACAAAAGCAAGUUCAAGUUAUUGUAUUUCGAUCAGGAAGACAAUGGUGGUUUGAGUCUUGCACUUCAGGAAGACAGUGCAAAAACAGGGAAGGUUACCUCUGCUGGGAUGUAUUUUCUUGGUUUUCCUGUUUAUCGGUUGGAUCAAACAAUGAACUCCAUAGCUGCUGCUAAGGAUCCAGAUACAUCAUUUUUCAGAAAACUGGAUGGGUUUCAGCCUUGUGAAUUAACAGAAUUGAAGGCUGGUACCCAUGUAUUCGCUGUUUAUGGUGACAACUUUUUCAAAAGUGCAAACUAUACAAUAGAAGCCCUGUGUGCUGCCCCUUUUAGUGAAGAAAAAGAAAAUUUAAGAAAUAUAGAAGCUCAAAUUUUGUCAAAAAGGGCAGAAAUAUCAAAGUUUGAGGCAGAAUAUCGGGAGGUUUUGGCUCAAUUCUCAGAGAUGACUAGCAGAUAUGCACAUGAAAUGCAAGCAAUUGAUGAACUACUGAAGAAUAGAAAUGAAAUACAUGCAUCAUACACUAUUACUCCUUUAAGGCGUAGUACAAGUAGGAGCAGAAGUAAAAGUUCUUCCAAGGAGGCAAAAGAAGAUGGCCCAGCAAAGGAAAAGAGGAGUACAAGAGAUCGGCCUAAGAAAAAGAAAUGGUAUAACCUCCACUUAAGAGUUGAUAAAAGAAAGGCUUGCUAAGUUAAGAGGAAGACCAAAGCAACAACCAAAUGUCGUCGGAAGGUUUCGUUUAUGUUUGUCACUCAAGCAUGAUAUCAAGGAUGACAACAACUCAUUGUUUAUGUAUAAUCCCUUCCCCCCUUUUCAUUUGUCUCUCAGUAGCUCAUCUUCAGAAUUCGUACUUGUAAAUUGUUUGAUUUAUUGAAGAAGCAUGGUUAACUCUUUGCGCGGAUUGUAAUUUUUGUUUACAUUACAUGUAAUGGCAAAUUAUUGGAGGAUAGGGUCAGGUAAUUUCUUGCUUAAUUGUACUUUCAUGUUUCCAAAUUUUAA